CCUCCCUUCCCUUCUCCCUCGUCCUCGCGCUACCUCCCUCUUUCCCCCCCUGUUUCCCCCUUCAUCCUUUCCUUGCCUUCUGUUCCUUCCCCCGCUUGCCCUCUCCCGGGAGGAAGUCUUCCCUCCCCUUCCGGCUGCGCCCUGCGCCCUGCUGUUGCCGGAUGCGCUUCUCGCUUGCCCCUGCGGCGGCCAGGCCGGCCGCUGAUGCGCCGUCGGCCAGUGCUGGCGCCGAUCGCAGCGCCAUUGACCUGGUCUUCCCGAGCGCUUCGCUCGACUCGGCCGGGCAGAUCGAGCUCCUGGCCGAUACGGCGGCCCUCCUCACCGAGGGCGCCAUCGCCAAGCUCCUUCGGACCCCGGCUGACCGGGCGUACUUCUUGGAGUCUCUCUGCCGGCAGGUCAAGCGCUUCUCCACCCCCGGUGCUGGCUCCUCGAUGGCCACUCUCGAUCGGAUGCGAGCUCUUCAGAGCCUGCUUACCACCGCCACUUGCUUCUUUUACGAGUUCCCGACCGCUUCCAUCUACGACGUGGUUCCCUUCAUCAAGGCAAUUGCGGACAUCCCAUUCCUCCGGAACAUCGACCCGCUGAGCUUCACUUCUCUGGAGGAGGAGCGUGGUGCUGGUGCCACGGACGCCGGCGGCGCCCUCACCUCCGAGGAGCUGAAGCUGCAGAUCCAAUUCCGCCUGGCGGCGGUGACUGCUCUGCUGGCCUGCCUGGCUUUGGCCCGGGCGGCGGAUGAUAUCUCCCAUGUCUUCCCCUCGCCGCUGGGCGCGGAGUUUUGCCAACUGGCGGCCACGCUGGAGUCGUUGUCGAACACGUCGUCGCUCUUUGGCUCGGUCAUGCUCGCCUGGGCGGCCAUGCUUUGUGUGUUGCACUCAAGUGCCCCGAGCCUGUCGGACCUGGGUAGCUCGGCGCGUUUUUCCGCAUCCGACGACGCACUCGAUAUCAUUGGUUCCUUCGGCGCGGUGGCCGUGCGUUCCUUCGACCAGAACGCCCUGGAGGUCCUGUGCGAGCUCCUGGAGUCGCCCUAUUGCGCCAGCUCCGAGCCCUAUUUCCACAUGCAGCGCUCCGUCUCCAAGGGCCUGCUGGACAUCCUGCAGGUGGCCUUUGACCUGAAUCAGAUCGGUCAGACCCAUCACCUUAUCCGCCUGCAUGAGGCGGUCUUCACCUUCUCGCCGGCCCUGUGCAAGAUCUACUGGGAGCAGGACUUCGCCAACCUCAAACUCCAGUCACUGCUGGUCCUGGCCACGGAGCGCCUUCUCCACCAGGACAAUCCGACGUUCUUCCUCCAGGCGCUGGCGGCCCUGUGCGGCCAUCACCUGCAUGCGGCCACGGUGACCCGGUUCCUGGCCGAGCCACUGGUCCUGCCCGGCACCCAGGGCGACAUCUCCAAUGCGCCGGCCGGGUGGCAGUACAUUGCGCACUUGCUGCACCUGACCCAUGCCAAUCUGGGGGCCAUCCAGCCCUGGGUUGGGCCGCUGCUGACGAUGCUGCGGCACUGCCUUGCGGCCCCUGGCGACGGCCCGGCCCAUGUGGCCGGACUUCUGGACCGGUACCUGCAGUCGCAGUGUCUGUUGAAUAUCCUGGUGGACGUGAUCAAUGUCUUUGUCCGGGGUCUGACGCAGCACAGCGGUGUCGGCGGCGGCGGCGGCAGUGUCGGUGUCGGCACGGCCGGCGGCAUUUCCCUUGCCGGGGUUCUGACGCAGCAGGUUGACCUCGGGACCCGGGCGCCGGGGCUGGGCAAUCUGUCCGGCAUGUCGGUGUUGGGCUUCGGCUCGGCCGGAGGAGACCUCGGCGGGCCGGCCGGGCGCCGGCACCAUUACGACAUCCAGGAUGCCCUGGGCACCCUGGCCCGGGCCAUUGAAUGUGUGGCCCUGCUAUUGCCAUACUAUCCGGAUGAGCUGGUCUGGGGCGGGCGCCUGGUGGCGGCUUCGACGUCGGCUCUGGUGCCGGCCAACCUGCCGGGGCACAUCAACCACAAGCUCUUCGAGAAGGAGAGUGUGUAUGGGACGUGUGCGCUGGCGCAGGCGUUCGCGGAUUUCACGCUUGCGGUGGCCCGACGGGCGUACGGCCACCCGGGCGGCAUGGCCGCCACCCACCCGACGAGCCGGGGCCCCUAUGCGCAGGUGUCUAUGGAGUUCACCCGGCGCUUGGCACUCUUCUGUGUCCGGCAUCUGUUCAUCGGUCAUGCCAACUGGCGCUACCAGCGGCCGGCUGAUCGGUACUGUCUGGCCUUCUCGCUCCUCGGCUUGCUGGCCUAUUGUCUGACGGUGGCCGAGCCGCCGCCGCCGCCGGCCAGCGGGGCCGCGGCCGCGGCCGGGCCCGGCCCCGGAGCCGGGGUCUCCAGUGGAUCUGCCAACCGGCGCCCGGCUAAUACCAUUCCCCUGUCCCUGUCGGGCGAGAAGCGCUUGCGACUGGCGUCUUCAAGCGCCCCGGCUGGCUAUGGGCCGGUGAUGCUGCAAAUCAGCCGGGAGGCCGAUGUGGCAGUCCCCGGGACGAGCCGGGCUGUGUCUGCGGCGACGCCCAGCCUGGCCGAGCUGCUGGCCCAGGAUUCCAACCACCGGCCCAUCAUGGAGCAGGUGGUCAGCUACACGAUGUUGAGCUCCCUGGGGAAGGCCGCCGCCGGUGCUUCCUCUUCCUCUUCCUCCGGCGCCGGAGCCAGCUCUUUCUCGGCGCCGCCGAGCUUCUGCCCGCUGGCGGUGCACCUGCUGGUGGUGGAUGCGCCGGAGCUGGCUCCCUUGGACAUGCUGGCGGCCCUGGAGCGGCACAGCCCGGGAGUCGGCACGGCUGCCACGCAUGGGGGAUUCACCGCCUUGGCCACGGUGUCGCUGUUGCCGACGGAGCUGGCGCCGGUGGCCUUCCGUGUGUUGACGCUCCUGUGUCAGCGCUUUGCGGCCAUGCCGCGGCCGGUGUCGCUGCUGGCAUCCUUCGGCACGCAGCCGCAUCGGCUGUGCAUGUACAUCGCCGCGGUGUUUGCCCUGACCGAGGCCGAGCGGGCUGGCAUUCGGGCUCUCACACAGGGGGGCGAGCGCCUGGACAUGAAUGCGCAGCCGGCCCCGGCGGUCGGGCCGCGCCAGCUGGCCGGUCGCCUGCAGACCCAGGUGGCGGGAUUCCUGUCGGCGGUGCUGGACUCGCAGCCGGCCCUUGCCAGUCUGUUGCUGACCGGGACCGGGGACACGGUGCCGAACUCCCCGCUGUCGGAGCGCCUUUCGCGUUUGCAUUCGGUCGGAGCGGGCUGCUCGCCGGCGGUGGCUGCUGCGGUGGAGGCGGCCGAGGCGGCGGUGUCUGCGGCGGCCGCGGCCUCUACGGCCACCGCCGAGUCUGAAGUCUCCGGCGCCUAUGCCGAGUCGGUGGCGGCCCUGCGGGCGUCGCCCCUGCCUCCGGUGCAUGGUCUCAGUGACAUCAGUUGCAUUCAGCCACUGGCGCACCAUCUUGUGGGCCGGACCAUCACCGCACCCACUCGCCAGACAGAUUCGGCCGAGGCCUGUCUGCAGUUCUUCGAGCGCCUUUGGUACUCGGCCAACUUCGCCCCGUAUGUCAAGUGCAUCCGCGCAUAUGGCCUCUUCUGGCAGGCGAUCGAAAUUCUGAUCCUGUCGCGCGGCUCGGUCCUGGCCCCGGUGGAUGCCUCGAUGCUGGCGGCGGGGCCCGAGAGCUCCGGCUCUCCGGCGGCUGAUGAUGCGGAUGUAGAUGCGGAUGCCGCUGCGAAUGCAGACGCCGACAUCGAUGUCGACGCCCUGGAUGACGAGUCCGCUUGGGAGGAAUGCAACACCCAUCUGGAUGACAGCUUCCACGACAGUGACUUCUACAGCUCCUCCGAGGACGAGACCGAGACCGGGAAUACCAUGGCGACCUUGAGGCGCUCACCGCCGAAGAAGGCCAGCACCCCGGGCCGGCGCCCGGUCUCGGCCGGGCCCCGUGCGCCGGUGGUUCCGCCAACCGUGCCCUCCUCCCUGCGGCACUCGGUGUCGGUCGAUGCGUCUGAUGGCAUGGCCGAGGCCGAUGACAAUGCGAUCGAUCAGCUGGCAUCCCUGCUGGAGACGGUGGCCUCGGCGUCCGACGUCCGGGGCCCGGCUGCGCAGGCUCUGUCGGCGCGUGGGGCCUGUGCUCGGCAGGCGGCCCUGGCCAUGGGGAUUGUGGCCACCGACCUGCGGCUGUUCCCUGCCCGGGCCAGCGGCGCCCUGGCAUCUGGUGGCAUGGGCGACUCGGAUGUCGCAGCCAUCGAAGCCCACCGCGGGCGCAUCCUGGCGCACCUGCUGGAUCUGGAUUGGACGCGGACCUGGCUGCAAAAUCUGCUAGUGACCCUGGUUCUGGUGGAGAAGGCGCUCAAGUGCCGGACCCCCGGUGGCGCCGGGACUGAGCAGUUGUCCACCUUUGCCCAGGCCCUGACCGAGCAGAUUGUCUCCUGGGCCGGGCUGCUGGAGACGGCGGUGCUCGGUCAGCCGUGGCUCUUUUCGGCGGCCCCGGCCUCCAGCAGCUCCACCACGCCGAUUGUGGGCCUGAUCAACUUGCUGAUCGACCUGCUGGAGGAGUGCCCGCUGCUGGGGCACCUCCAGCUGGGGCUUCUGCCCGAGGCAUGGGAUUCCCCUCUGGGCCGGGCGCAUGCGCAGCACCGGCUGGCGGUGGAUCGCCUCCAGCAGACCCUUUACUUCCUGGUGGAUCGGCUCCUGUCCCCGGAGCAGGGCGAUCACUUUGACCGUGUGGAUGGUCGCUGGCCACUGGCCGGACGCAUCCUCCACCGGCUGGCCGGGCUGCUGGAGGUCAUGGCCCCGGUGGGUGUGUCCGGGUGCGGGACUGGGCCGUUGGUCCCGGCCGCGGAGGAUGCCCAUUGGCUGGCUCCGGUGGCUUCGGACCGGUGCCCGGCAUCCGGCCGCGCGGGUCUCAUGUCCCCGGGGCUGGUGCUGGCGGCCGAGGGGGAGCAUGGCGGAAGCCCGGUCGAGCUGGCGGCCCCGCAGGUGCUGGCCUGCUAUGGCUCGGUGCUGACCCUCUUCCGGCGGUUGUUGGUGCACCUGUCGACCACUGGUGACAAUGGCUCCGGGCCCAGCAGCGGAGCUGGUGCCGGUGCCAGCGACAUGGCGGCCAGCAUGCGCGCCGCGGCGGUGCGACUCCUGCCCGGGGUGCUGGUGGCCUUGGGGCUGUUGCUGGCACGGCCGCCGGUCUCGGUGGAUCGGCCGGCCGUCACGGCCGACGGUCAGCCGCUGCUGAUGAGCACUCCCGGCUGUGCCGGGUCGCAGUUCCUGCUGCUGCUGCCGCUGCUGGCGGCUUGUGCCCGGGGGAUGGCCACAGCCGGUCCGGAAGCCUGGACCGGCUCGGUCCCGGCGAUGGCCGUGGCUCACGCCCACGCCGACCUACUGGAGCCGCUGCUGGAUCUGGCGGCCAAGUCGGUGGCGGAAUGUGCCCUGGACUUCGGCCCGCAUCAUGGGCUGGCGGUGUUUGACUAUCUGCUGGCCCUGCUCUCGGUGCCGGCAUCGGUCAGCCCGGACAGCGACAGCAGCCCCCCCACCGGUGCCAGCCAGUGCUCGGCCGAGGGCAUCCCCUCGAGGCGGGUGCUGCUGGCGCCGCUGGAGCGUCUGCUAGCGGCGCGGGUGCUGCCGCAAUUGUCGCUGCUGCUGCCGCGCCUGACGGACGCGGUGAACGAGCGCCUUGGUCGCCUGUGUCAGCUGGUGGAUGUGCUUGGGCCCGGUGGCUCGGCGAGCGCCAGCCCGGCCAGCCUGCCCGGCGUGCCGUCGCAGGAUCUUUUGCUGUCGGAGGUUGUGGCCGAUGCCUCGGCCGGGACUUGGAUCGACGCCCUGCGGACGUUGGUGGAUCUGGCGGCCGGCUUGAAUGGGCACACAUUGACGGCCCUGGCUGUCGGGGGCCCCCUGGGCUCGGGCUCGGGCUCGAGCCGGGCCGGCUCCUUCACGGAGGCUUUCGAAUUCCUGGACCAGAUGGUGAGCUUCGUGACGGCCCUCCUGCCGGCGCUGCAGCAAUUCGUCAUGCCCCUGUCGCCGAUGGACUCCAGGGCGGUGCAGCCCGGGGCGGCGGCCGAGUCGGCCGGGUCGGUGGCUGGCCCCGGGUCCGUAUCCCACAUGGAUGCCCCUUUGCUGGGGGUGUCCUCCCCGGGGGCUGACAGCCCGCGGCUCAUCCGCUCGGAGCUGGCCCUUCGCCGGUCGCAUGUGGCCUUUGUGUUUGCCUUCGGCAAGAUGCUCAUGUCCCUGGGACAGGUGUUUUCGCCGGCGGCGCUGGAUCCCCGGCUGCAGGCCCGCGCGGCGGGCAUCCUGCGCAAUGCUGGCAACCUGUGGCUGGAACUGUGCGUGGGCCUGCCGCACCUGGUGCACCAGUGUGCCGUGUUGUUGCGUCUCCCUCGGGCGGCGCUGGCCAGCAUGAUUGUGCCCAGCUCGGCCACCGAGCGUUUGGCCCUGCGGUCGGCGGUGGCCAUCCCAGGCGGCAUUGGGAGCGAUUCGGCGGCAUCGACAUCGGCGACCGGCGGCGGGGCUCCCCGUGUGUCCGGCCCGGCGAGCGUGUUGCCUGCCGGUGCGCCGGGGGGCGGUGCCGGUGCCGGUGCCGGUGCCGGUGCCGGUGGCUCGCGGGAUCGGCCGGAGUCGGUGAAUGGCAGCCCGGCCGAGGGGGCCACUGUGCCGGAUCUGGCUGCGUCGGCCAAUUCGGCCGCCGCGCGCGCGCUGGCCAUCCUCUCGCGUGAUGCGCAGGCCACGCGGCUGUCCUCGUCGGUGGUGAUUUCGCCGCAGUUGCGGCUGCCCGGCGGGUCGACCGGGUCGACCGGGCCCGGGGGCACUCUCUCGAGCCCGGCGGGUGGUCCGGCCACGGCAUGUGGCGCGGCCUCAUCGGCGGUGGGCCGGGCUUCGGGCCGUCUGGCAUCCGGGUCCGCGGCCUCCCCUGGCAAUGAGCUGCAAUCUUCGGCCCUGACUGAGACCACUCGGGCGGAUGUGCUGUCGUUGCUGGGGCUGUCGGUGGCGGCCCUGGCGUCGGUGCUGUCCGGGGCUCCGGCUCUGCAGGGGCAGCUGCCUCCCCUGGUGGGAGAUGGGGACGCCGGUCCGCUGGGCUUGUCGCUGGAUCGGGCUCGGCUGUUGGUCCGGCACUUUGCCGUGGCUCCCACCUCGCGGGUGGAUGCGUCGUUUGCGGUGAACCCCGCGGCACAGGCGGCCUCCCUGGCGGCCGGCAUUGAGCAGCCCUCGCGCGCGGUGGCCUCCCUCGGGACCUUCCUGUUUGCGGCGCGGGUGCUGGCCAACCUGCUGGCCGCUGGGGAUCUGAGUUCGUCGGAUUGUUGGUUCUCCCGGCGCCUGUUGGUGAACUUGGGCGUGGCGGCUUCGGCGUCGGUCCCCUCGACUCCGCUGUUUGAUGCGACGCCAUCGCCGGGGGCCGGGAGCCCGCCGCGGGCCGUGGCCGCCGCCGCCACUGCCAUCGAGCAGCUGACCUUCCUCGGGCUGAUGGUGGUGGCCGAUGUGAAGUCCGCCGCGCAGCGUGCCCACCACCAGGCCCUGAGUGCGGCCCUGAGUGCCGGGGCUGCUCCGGGGGGCCCGCUGAAUCGGGACCUGCUUUUGUCGUCGUCCUCGUCUUCGGCCGGGGCCAAUGGACAACAUGGCGCCGGGGCCUCGAUCGCCACCCCGGGCGGGGGGUCCUCCCUGCCCCAUCUGGCCUCGGCCACCUCGCUGUAUGGCGAGCCGCCGCCCUUCUCCGUGACGUCGGCUCUGUCUGGGAGCGGCCUGCGUGCGCGGGGGAACUUCCCCCUGUCGACCGGCGGCAUCUCGGCUUCGGCCUCAUUGUCCUCCUUCGGCAUGAGCCGGUCGGCCCUGCCCGGGGGCCUGGUCCUGCCACCCGAGUGGGUUGUAUCCACCGUCGGGCCAGAGGCCGGCAUGGAUCUUGUCGUGCAGCUCCUUUACUACUCGCUACUGUCGUCCACUCUCGACGAUGGUGAUAUCCCCGUGGAGGGUAUCGUCCGGGCCUGA